AUGACUCUCUCUUAUUGGUGCUAUCGCUUCGCGAGGCGUUCCCCGCAUUAUGAUAUCAACCUUGGCAGGCAAUCAGAUAAACCUUCUCGGGACUGCCUUCAUGAUCUCAGGCGUGACCUUGCCAAUGAUGUCGCACUUCAUGGUCUACAGUCCAACACGUUCUGUCUCGUCCAAACGAAUAACGAAGAAGCAGGAGAUACUAUGAGCCAACACAUUGUGUGCCUGCGAUGCGCUAGGAUCAAGCAGGCUUGUGAUGGAGGCACUCCAUGUGGACGCUGUCAGAGGCUUGAUCUCCUCUGCGAGCCGAAAGAACACGCUCUACGAUCAGUCGAAGGCAGUCUACCAACAUUGAAACGCGCAAAGAUAAUCAGGACUCACACCGGUUGCUUGACCUGCAAGAAGCGAAGAAGGAAGUGCGACGAGGCACGCCCUCGAUGUUCCGAUUGCCGAAGACUUUGUCUUGAUUGCAAGUACGCAAAUCCAGCGGCACAACCAACCGCAAGUGCACAGCCGGUGGAGAAACCAAGCUCCCGGGGAUCUUCCAAGGCGGCCUCGCCAACAUACGAAGUCGCAGUGUUCAAGGACAAUGUGCUCGACUUCGACGGCGAGAUUGUCGCGGAAAUGUUCGACUCUGACGACUGGGACUCCUUAAUUGAACAGUCAUCGCCCAUGAUUCACCCAAGGAUACCGUUCUGUGCAUCAAACAGUGGCAGUCCGCCCGAUUCACUUCCAGAACUCUCCUUGGUGGCGCUAUCUACUGCACCUAGCUUGUCCUUAGAUGAAGACAAGUCACUCCUAAAUCACUAUAUGAAAGUGGUUGCCGGCGUGCUUUCGCGACGAGAUGAUCAAAAAACUAACCCUUACCUAUCCAAGAUUCUACCAGUUGCAUUGCAAAAUCAACUCGUCAUGAACUCAGUCCUGGCUUUGAGCGCAAGCCACUGGCGCAAGUUGAAUCCCUCCAUUUCUAGGCGAGGCACGAUCCACCAAACAAAUGCACUUCAAUCACUGGCUCAGCUACUACCAAACAUCGAACAUGAUUCAGCAGAUGCCGCUCUAUCUGCCACACUAUUGCUAUGUAUGAUCGAAUUAUUCGAUGGCGCGAGUUCUCACUGGAAGCUUCAUCUGGAUGGCGCCCGCCGUCUUCUAUCAGCCAUUGACAGGCGCCCCAGAUCGUCACAAAUUUCAGCUUUCACGACAUUCUACCGCCAGCUCUACCAUUAUCUUGACUCGGCUACGACCAUCUCAACUUGCCAUCCACCAUUGCUGGAGCUCACAGAAGGUAACUCUAAGCCAGACCUGUCUUCCCCGGCGAGCAGUGGGCGGGGUGAUUUUGGAGACGAAGAGUCACUUUAUGGAGUUCCGAAAUCUCUCUUUCACUUUGUGGACAAGAUCAAUAGCCUUGCAUAUCAGCGCAAGUUCAGAGAAGAUCCAAUAUUUGAGAAUAUGUUUCAAGCAUCUGCAACUAAACUCGAAGAAGAGCUUUGUCAGUGGAGUCAAGACCGCAAUUUGGGCGAGCCUACAAUCUCUUCUUCGGAAGAGGCCUCCGUCAAAUACGCAACUAUCGCGUUUGAACAAGCACUUCAACUUCGGCUCCAUCAGGUUGUCAAUGGGUACUCCAUCGAACACGAAAAAGUUGGCGUGUGCGUGGGCAACAUUCUAGAAUCAAUCCAGGAGAUACGUUAUGGAAAUCCUCUUGAAAGUAGCCUGACCUUCCCAUUGGUGAUGGCAGGCAGUAGCUGCAGCACGGAAAACGAAAGGAUGAUUAUUCGAGAUCGUUUCCUGAUCAUGGAAAGAACUCUUGGAUUUCGAUAUAUCUACACGGCCCAUGAACUUGUGCAGAGAGUCUGGAAACAACGAGAUUCAGGCCUCAGCACGGACGAUGUCAAUUGGGCGGCUAUAAGAUAUUUCCAAAUACCGGGGCUUGCAUUAAUCUGA